AUAAGGAGAGAGAUUGGAUUUGUAUCAUUGUAUAUAUAUAUAUAUAUGUAUAGUCUUUCUUACACCUUUGUCUUCAAGAAGAAGAAGAAGAAAGAAAUGCAGGAGUCUGAGUCACCUGCCCAUGCAAUUUCAGAAGCUGAAUCUGAAGACACCGUUGAUCGGUUCCAUGAGUCUCUCCAAGAGCUUAGACAGUUGCGUUCCCAGCUUCAUAAAGCUGCGGAUUGCUGCGAAACAACUUUCUUGAAUACCAAACAAAAGAAAGUUCUUGUGGAAAACACAAAAGAGUACAUAUGCAGGCUGUAG